AUGAAGUUCACCGCCGUCAUCUCUCUCGCCCUCGCCACCGCCGUCGCGGCCAUGCCCACCGAGGAUCUGUCUAAGCGCCAGACCGUCCAGCGCGGCAGCAACACCCUCGUCUUCAAGGAGCAGGGCGGCGUGCCCGGAAACGAGUGCCUCACUUUCCGCAACAACGGUGAAAUCGUCAACGCCGCCUGCGUCAACACCGCCGCGGACAGACAGAUCACCCCCUCCACGAGAAACGGCAACGACGUCCUUCUCGUCCAGCGUUCUUUCAGCAACGGUUUCCGCCCCGACCUCGUGAAUAAGGAGGUCUGCGUCGGCUUCAACGGCACUGCCUUCCGCGCCGAGGACUGCGCCGCCAGGAACAUCCAGUUCGUCGCCCAGUCCGGUAACAACCUCGUCGCCUCCAACGGCGCCUGCUUGAACGGCCACGAUGCCCAGGCCCAGGUCACCGUCUCUGCCAACGGCCAGAACUGCGCCAGAUUCACCACCACUUCGGUCAAGGCCACUGCCCCGUAA